GAAUAAAUAAUGACUCCAAGUCGAGGGAGAGGGGAAGAGAGAGAGGACAGCCGAAUAGGCGUUGGCGGUGGUGGUGGUCGGGGCCAUGGAAGGAGGCAUUGCCGAUCUGUCGACCUCCUUGGCUCUUUACUUGGAUGCUGCUUCCGAUUUCAUCUUAUCUUCCUUGAGCCGGGCGGCGCCGGUAUGGGAGGCGGUGAGGGCCGCGGUGCUGCUGCCGCUGAUGAAGACGGCGGUGGUCCUGUGCUUGGUAAUGUCGUUGAUCCUUGUCGUCGAGAAGCUGUCGAUGGCGCUCGUCGCUCUCUACGUGAAGGUCUUCGGACGCACGCCGGAGAAGGUGUACAAGUGGCAAGAGAUGCCGCAGGAUCCGGAGCUCGGCUCACUGCCCUACCCCAUGGUCCUGGUCCAGAUCCCCAUGUUCAAUGAGCGAGAGGUCUAUGAAAUUUCAAUUGGAGCAGCUUGCACACUUGCAUGGCCAAAUGACAAACUCAUAAUUCAAGUUCUUGAUGAUUCGACCGACAUCACAAUUAGGGAACUAGUGCAAGAGGAAUGUGGAAAGUGGCAGAGAAAGGGUCGAAACAUACAUUAUAUAUCUAGGGAUAACCGAAAUGGAUACAAGGCUGGUGCUCUGAAAGAAGCAAUGGAACUUGACUAUGUGAAAAAAUGUGAUUAUGUGGCAAUAUUUGAUGCAGAUCAUGAGCCCCCAACUGAUUUCCUUUUAAGAUCUGUUCCUUUCCUCAUGCACAAUCAUGAGAUUGCACUUGUUCAAGCACGGUGGAAGUUUGUGAAUGCCAAUGAAUGCAUAAUGACAAGGAUACAAGAAAUGUCAUUGAACUACCAUUUCAAAGUGGAGCAACAAUCGGGUUCGUCAACUAUGGCAUUUUUUGGAUUUAAUGGAACUGCUGGUGUGUGGAGAAUUCUAGCUAUUAAUGAAGCUGAUGGUUGGAAAGAGCGAACUACUGUUGAAGACAUGGAUUUAGCAGUCAGAGCAACCCUUCGAGGUUGGAAGUUUUUAUACAUUGGAGACCUGAAGGUCAAAAGUGAGCUACCAAGCAGUUAUAAAGCAUAUCGUUAUCAGCAACAUCGUUGGGCCUGUGGACCUGCAAAUUUGUUUAAGAAAAUGGCAUUAGAUAUUCUAAUGGCUAAGAAAGUGACCUCAUUGAAGAAAUUAUUUUUGCUCUAUAACUUCUUCUUUGCAAGAAGGAUCAUAUCCCACAACGUGACUUUCUUCUUCUACUGCAUCAUCAUCCCAUUGUCUUCUUUUUUCCCUGAAGUUGUGAUUCCAAAAUGGGGGGUGUUCUAUGUUCCAACUCUCAUUACCAUCCUCAAUGCAGUUGGAACUCCAAGGUCUUUACAUCUAAUUGUCAUCUGGAUAUUUUUCGAAAAUGUCAUGUCCUUGCAUCGAUGCAAAGCUGUUUACAUCGGUCUUCUUGAAGCUGGGAGGGUAAAUGAAUGGGUUGUGACCGAGAAACUAGGGAAUGCAUUGAAGACUAAACAAAUUUCAGCAGUUGCUAAGAAAUUCCCAAGGAACUUGUGGGAAAGGUUCCUAUUCUUAGAGUUGGCCUUGGGAUUUUUCCUCUUAAUAUGUGCAUGCCACAAUUUCUUCUUCAGAAGAAAUCAGUACUUCUUUUUCAUUUUCCCUCAAACUAUUUCCUUCCUCUUGAUGGGGUUUGGAUUUGUUGGCAAUCAUUUCCCACAAACCAAGUAGCUGAAGAAAGCCAAAACAUUCAUUGGCUUGCUCUACCUGGGCCACAUUAUCUACAUAUCUUCAAAUUCUUUUGAGAUUUAUUUAUGUAACAUUCUUGAGAAAAAGGUCAUUUCACCAUCAUGCUGUAGGUAGAGAACAAAAUCUCACCGAAUAACAAGAAGAAAUGCAGAGAACUUGUUCUGGGAACAAGAGGCAGACUGCAUCCAGUACAAGUUUAGGCGUUUAGAGUUGAAAGAAUGCAGAAUGUAGCUACUAAAUUAUCAGUGUAAAAUUUUCUUGGUGAUUAGUGAUGGAUUCAUUCAAAUGUGGUGAUGACAAUUUUUUCUUUGUUUUUUUUUCUGGUUCUAAUCACAUGUGAGGGAAGAGCCUCGAUUUGCAUUUCGAUGGUGGAGUGUAAAAGAGAUUAGAAAACAGAAAGAAAAAAAAACUUUAGUUUCAAGUAUGUAGACAUUUUUGCCAAUCCAGUAUUUGGUCAAAUUGACUGCAAUGGUGAGUAAAUAAUACGCGGAGUGUGAGUUGCUGGAUGUAAGACUAAAUUGCUAGAAAUUUAAUGCAAUUUCAGUUGAACUA